AUGACAAGGUCAACUGACUCAUUCCUCAUAUACUUUCCAGGACCAUCACAACGUCCAAGUUCUCUUCCCUCUGCUCUCUCUUUAUAUAUAUCAUUGACCAGGAUAACCAAAGAGCAACAAUCUGAUCUAAUGGAGAAACGUUCCACCAGAAUGAAGAGGACGUUCCUGAAGCUUCUACCAAAGGCUGCCUCUCCUGUCAUCUUCCUAAGCCCACCUCUCAGUCCUGUUGGUGACAGAAGAAUUGAGAAUACAACUAAGCUCAAGGCCAUCACCAAAGGAUACUCUGGUCCAAAUGUUUCAAUGGUUCCACCGGAAGCUAGAAGAAAGUCGAAGAACGGGAGCUUUGACACUCGAGAACCAACCUCACCCAAGGUUUCAUGCAUGGGACAAAUCAACAUCAAGAAGAAGAAGAACAAAAGUAAGACGGUUCUGCUUCCAACUGAAAAAUCUAAGCCUGUCCCAUCUCCUGGAAAAUCUAAGAAGAAUCCAUUUGCGAUUCAUAGGAUCUUUCAGGGCUCAAAUCAUUGUAGAAAAUCGGGCCAUAUUGAUGUUAAGCAACCAGCUCCAGAUAGAACUCCUUCUCUGAGUCAGAUGAAGGGGUUUGCGAGCGGGCGUGAUGCGUUUAUGAAUUUUGAUUGGAGGGUUCACGGUGCUGCUGUUGCCCCUGACAACCAAAACCAUUGUGCUGAUGGCAAGGAAGAAGGAGAAGAGAAGGCGAUCAUUUCAUUUUCUGCACCCAUAGCGGUGGGUGGAGCAGUGGCUGUAGGGCCGAAGAAAGCAAUCGAUUUGUGGAAGAGAAGAACCGUGCCUCCUCCUCCCGCUCUUCAGCUGUAAAAAGGAGUGAGCCAACUAUGUAAGCAUCACUUCCAACUAUUUCAUCAAACUGAUAAAUGAGGAAAAUAUUUCAUUUUCUUGAGCCAGUUCCUCAAAAAGUCCUUCAGGACCUGUAAUAAUUUUAUUCACUGUGAGAUCUGAUAUGGUUAUGCCAUGCAUGUAUUGGAGUGAUCUGUCCAUUGAAGUUGUCUGCCACAUCCAUCACCAUUUAACCAACUCUGAGAAUGUCUGUAAAUCUUUUGGGAGUGGAGAAAAGAUGAGAGCAAGG